AUGGUCCAUGAUGCAUUUGGAUUUACCCAAAGUAGUCCGAAUAAUCUUGGUCCAUCUUCUGAGAACAACAACGAAGGGUGUAAUUCAAUGUGGGGUGAAGAUAAAUCCGAGUUUUUUGAUUUGUUAAAAGAUGUUAAUCAACCAUUAUAUGAAGGGUAUGUGUUUGUUGAUGCCAAGAUUCCUGUUUCAUUCUAUGAGGCUAAGAAAAUCAUCAACAAACUUCGUCUUGAUUAUACCAAGAUAGAUGCUUGCCCAAAUGAUUGUAUGUUAUACUGGGGUGAAGAAAAUAAAGACUUAGAAGAAUGUAAGCGAUGCAAGACAUCUAGGUGGAAGGAUGACAAGAAGAAGCAAUCUGCAAAGAUACUACGCUACUUUCCACUAAAGCCAAUAUUGCAAAGACUUUUUAUGUGUUCUAAAACCGCAGAGUCAAUGAAAUGGCAUACAUUGGAGGCUAAUAAAGAUGGUAUGAUGAGACAUCCUAGAGAUUCUGAGACAUGGAAAACAUAUGACUUACGUCAUCCAGAAUUUGCUACGGAUUCUCGAAAUGUACGACUUGGCCUAACCACCGAUGGCUUUAACCCUUUUGGUGUGAUGAGUACAAACUACAACAUUUGGCCAGUGGUUCUUAUCCCAUAUAAUCUCCCUCCUUGGGAAUGCAUGAAGCAAACAUCAACAAUCCUUUCCAUGAUCAUUCCUGGAAAACAAGCGUCGGGAAAUAAUAUAGAUGUGUAUCUACAACCUCUCAUCAAAGAGUUGAAAGAAAUGUGGUAUGAUGGAGUGAAAACAUUAGAUUUAUCAAAAAAUGAAAUGUUUAUGAUGAAGGCAGUUUUGAUGUGGACUAUUAGUGACUUUCCAGGACUUGGCACUUUAUCAGGAUGGAAUACACACACUAAGCUUGCUUGCCCCUCUUGUAACAAUGACACUGAUAGUUUUAGAUUAAAGAAUGGUGGAAAAUGGUGUUUUAUGGGUCACCUCCGGUUUUUACAAAAAGGUCAUAAACUUAGAUUGAGUCGGUCUCGUUUUAAUGGAAAAGUUGAGCAAAGAGAUGCCCCUGCUACUUUGUUAGGACAAGACAUCUUGAACCAACUAAAGGGAGCAAAUGUUACUUUUGGGAAAGUGUUAGAAUCUAAAGAAAAAGAUGGAGGAAAAAGAAAACGCAAGAAAAAAAUUGUUGAAGGACCGAGACAAUGGAGGAAGAAAAGUAUAUUUUUUGAUCUUCCUUAUUGGGAGUCCAAUUUGUUGCGCCAUAAUUUAGAUGUUAUGCACAUUGAAAAAAAUGUAUGUGAUAAUGUUGUAUACACUUUGCUCAAUGAAACUGGGAAAUCAAAAGAUAAUCUUAAAGCUCGUGAGGAUCUUAAAUUAAUGGGUAUAAGGAAGGAUCUUUGGCCAGAUAGUAAUAAAAGAUUUUGCCCAUCUUUGUUUACAAUGUCAAAUUCAAAGAAAGAUGUAUUCCUACGAACUUUGAGGAAUACUAGUUUUCCUGAUGGAUACUCAAGUAACAUUUCUAGGUGCGUUGACAUAAACAAUCGAAAACUUUUUGGGAUGAAAAGCCACGAUUGUCAUAUUCUUAUGGAGAAAAUACUACCUAUUGCUAUACGAAAUGUCCUACCAGACAUGUGA